GCAGACCCCUCUCUAUCUCCUCCUCCUCCUUUCUCUCCUUCCUCCUUCUCGUGAAGGGGGCAGCCUGGUGUCCAGGGUCACAGGGGCCCCCCAAACAGAGUGGAGAAAGCAUGCGCUCCGCCAACCUCCUCCUUCUCCUCGUCGCCGCGGCGCUGCACUGCGCGCUGCGCAUCCAGUCCCUGCCGGUGGGGCGCAGAGGGAGCAUCCAGUGGUCCAAAGAACAGGGGGCAUGGCCAGAGAAGACUCGCCAUUAUAAUCUGAAGAAGAGAGGAGGACUGCCGUAUGUUCAAGACACUCUGAAGAAAGACUUGGACCUGAAGAGGGAGCAGCCCCACGCAGACCUGCCCGACAAAAGCACGGCUGACUGGAACAGGCCACGAUGUGGAGUUCCAGACUUUCCAUCAAAGAAGCGAGACUUCAGCCACCAUUACCGGAACCAGAGAGGAAGCCAGUAUGGGGGACGGCACCGACGCAAACGCUUUGUUCUGUAUGGGGGACGCUGGGACAAGACUGACCUCACCUACAAGAUCAUACGGACACCGUGGCAGAUGACUUUGGAGAAAGUGCGGCAAGUCUUUCAGGAGGCCUUACGGAUUUGGAGUGAGGUCACCCCCCUGACCUUCACUGAGGUCACCAGCGGCACAGCUGAUAUCAUCAUCGACUUCACCAGGUACUGGCACGGAGACAACCUGCCAUUCGACGGUCCAGGAGGAAUCCUGGCCCAUGCCUUCUUCCCAAAAACCUACCGCGAGGGAGACAUCCACUUUGACUAUGACGAGGCGUGGACAUUGGGAAAUAAUAUGGGCACAGACCUGCUCCAGGUGGCCGCUCACGAGUUUGGCCACGUUCUGGGCCUUCAGCACUCUCUGGAGCCCGGGGCGAUCAUGUCCCCCUUCUACAGCUUCUCCUACCCCUUGCAGCUCAGUGAGGAUGAUAAGAAUGGCAUCCAGUACCUGUAUGGUCCCAGGCAGAGACCGCCAGAGAGACAGCCAGAGAGAGAGACCAAUGACAUUUUUACCCCAGUGCCUAACGUUUGCCUCACAGAUUUCGACGCGGUGUCUAUGAUCCGCGGUGAGCUGUUUUUCUUCAAGUCGGGCUAUGUGUGGCGGAUACGCAACGGGAAGCUCCAAGCUGGGUAUCCUGCUCUAGCCUCUAGACACUGGAGGGGAAUCCCUGAUAACAUCGACGCUGCCUUUGAGGACAGGGCUGGAAACAUCUGGUUCUUCCAAGGUGAGAGGUACUGGGUUUUUGAUGCGGAGAGGCAGAUCACAGGGCCUGACUCGGUGCAGCGACUGGGCCUUCCCAUCUCACACAUCCAGGCGGCCCUGAUGUGGGGCGAGGACAAGGCCCAGAAGGUCUACUUCUUCAAACGAGGAAGCUACUGGCGUUUCAACCCAAAGGAGAACCGCGUGGACUAUGCUCACUCUCGCGGCAUGGCCGACUGGAGGGGGAUUCCCAAUGACAUUGAUGCUGCCUUCCAGGAUCGCUAUGGCUUUGCCCACUUCCUGAAAGGGAAUCAGUACUGGAAGUUUGACCCGGUGGAAGUGAGGGCUCUGGAGGGAUACCCACGCUACAUCGGCAUCGACUUCUUCAACUGCCCUCCGUCCAUCUACAAAUAAACCUCAAACAGUACUAAACCGACUUGGGUCACAUUUCCCCAAAAACACUGUAGCAUUAAAGCAAUUGAUACGAUAUGAAAAUCACAUCAAAUUCACAUUAAAUUUCAUCUGACACCAAAUAUGGUCCAUCAGCCAAGACAUGUUUGGCGUUUGAAGUUUGAUCGCUUAGGUUUACACUUGAACUACGAGGCCAGUGUAGCUAACAAGUACCAAAAGAGAAUCUUCUCACAGGAGACCUAUUAAAUGGGAAUUCCAUUGACUUUGUUUGAUUCAGUAGUUAAGAAUGGAAAGUUACUGCGCCUCAUUCACCAACAUCACAAUGUUUAAGGAUAAACAUUUUCCCGAGAAAGGUCCUAAGAAGAAGUCUACGUCAGAUUCAUGACGUGCUCUUAAACCACAGAUCUGUUUGUUAAAACAAAAGAACAUCCAUCCACCCAUCCAUCCAUUUUCUAAGCCGCUUCUCCGUCAGGGUCGCGGGGGGAUGCUGGAGCCUAUCCCAGCGGUCAUCGAGCGGAAGGCAGG